UGCCCUCCUCGAUUCCCAUUUCCAAAGGUCCUAGUUUUACAGGGAGAGGGAGAGAGAGAGAGAGGGAGCUCGUCGUCGAUCUUCUUCUUCACUCGAGCAGGGCGUGACCUGAGAUCAACACAGCUCCCCCGCCGCCAUCGAAAUCGAGCUCGCCCGCCGCCACCAUGUGGAGAAGGCUCGCCUCCUCUCACCUCAAAACCCUAGCCGCCGCCGCCGCCGCCGCCCCUUCAGCUCGAUUGUUCAGCAGCCCGCCUCUCGUUUCUCGCCCCCUCUGCUCUUCCUUGCUCACGCGCCAGUUCAGCGUCGAAUCCGGUGAAACAGCUGUUAAGAAGAAGGUUGAAGAUGUCAUGCCUAUCGCGACUGGACAUGAGCGCGAGGAGCUAGAAGCCGAGCUCGAGGGAAGGGACCUUCUCGAAAUCAACUUCCCGGUUGGGCCUUUUGGCACCAAGGAAUCUCCUGCGGUUGUCAAGUCGUACUAUGAUAAGAGAAUAGUCGGAUGUCCGGGAGGGGAAGGAGAGGAUGAGCACGAUGUUGUCUGGUUCUGGCUGGAGAAAGGCAAACCUCAUGAAUGCCCAGUGUGCACCCAGUAUUUUGUGCUUGAAGUUGUGGGUCCUGGGGGACCACCAGAUGGGCAUGGUGACGAAGACCAUCACCAUUGAUUCAGGCUUGAGGGUUCGUGAUUGGAAUAAAAUCUGGGGACGUAAAAGGACAGUUUUCUGUACUCUGCUGAGUCAAUUAAAGGCUCGUUCUGUUUGUUUCUUUUUGGUCAGAGUUCAAAAGACCAUGCCUUGCAACAGCGGGGCUGUAGCUUCUUCUUUUGGUACCCUAGAUGUGGAAUGUUUGCACUCAGAGCUAUGGAUAUUAUUGUUAGGUCUUCCCUGGAUUUGUUGCUGAAUAAUAAUUCUUUUGUGACUCUUCUUCUGAGCGUUUCCACACAAGGGAUUUAAUGAACAGUUUUGAUCUCUGAGGAUAUGCUUGUUGGAUA